AAUUUACUUGCUGUACAGUUUCAUUCGUUUUUACUAAUAAACCAAAGUUUAAGAAUUCUGUUCUUAAAUACAGAAUACAAUUCUGUUGAUGUUUGAGCCCAAAGUUGAUCGUUUACCUGCUCUCAAUAUCCCAAACCAGUCGUUGAGUUGCAGUGUUGUUGCCAUCUAAGUCACCACUUUUUAAUUCUAUUCAUAUGAAUUAUUUCUAUAAGAGUAUGACAGGGAAUUAACAUAAAAACAUUCUGUUAUCGAAAAAAAUCAGAGCAACUACUAGGACAAAAACAUCCUGCACCUGCGACGACGCCUGCGAACGAAUUUCAACGCCCCUGUCAGCAUGUUUAUAUCAAGUCUCGUUUUGAUGUGUAGAACUACAAACUUAGGUUGCAUAACGUAACAUACCAAAGGGGAUGCCCUCCACUCUAGCUUCACCUUAGACACUUUACAACGACGAUAACUUCAUAACUAUGCCGAAUUUCUGUUUAUUUCUACAUCACAGAGUAUACUUGAAGUCUCAUAUCUGUUUGUGCUUUGCCUGUAAAAUGCGAAUCGAGGAAAGAAGAAGAGAAAUUGGAUGGGUGUUUAACAUGACGUAAUCCAUCCUCGUGAAGCAGGCUCGUGCACGCUCAAUAGCCUGAGCACAACACCGUCACCAUUAUCAGAGUAUGGAAGUUUGCAGGAGCCGUAAAAGGGAAGGAAGUGCUUGCAACUAUGCCUAUAAGAAACGAGUUAAAAGUCCAAGCGAUGAUCAAGAUUCCGAACCUUACAGCGCUGGCAGUACAAAUUUUUCGUCACCACUCGAUUCUGGAUUUCCAGAAAAUGGCGCAAUCAGUAGUUUAAGUGGAGACGAUGCCCCAGCAAGGCGCUCAGAAAGCUGUGCGCAAGAAGAAACUGCGCUGCCAAGUAGGGUUAGGAUUUUAGAAGAGAAGGUUGAUUGGAUUGGACGUGAGUUACAGCUCAUAAGGGAAAUGCUGCAAUUCAUUACCAAAGUAAUGCCGGCGGCAUCAUCAAGACAAGUUGUCUUGCCUGCUAGUGACAGCAGGUCGAAAACAGUCGUCCGAGGCAGCAAACGUGUCUCAACAAACAACAAAACAGAAAAGCCUCGCCGACAUUCACUACACACGAAAGGGUUUAUUGAUGCUCAGUAUUCGCUACACUACGAUCCCACAAAGACAUCAAAUCAUCUAAAUAUAUACCCAUCUACUGGGUCAUCAGAUGAGAAGAACUCAACCCUUGGUGAAAGUGAAAACAGAGAAACAAACUCAGACAGCGUCAGCAAGUCUUGCUCCGACGAUUAUGACUCAGAUACCUACGCAGAUAGAGAGAACAUCAACGGCAGUGGAAGCGGCGAAGGUGGUACAGAUUCCAACCAAGCCUCAAGAGAAGAGUCACCCAACAACGAAUUUACUGCCGAUGCAUCAAAUAUCAAGUUCCAUGGACACUACGUCAUUUCUGGACUUGAUGUCAUUUACCUCUGGGAGCAUGGCACUGAUGAGAUGCUGCCUAUCAGGCUCUGGAAUGAGUCACAACUCGAAUCUGGAGGGGAAGUCAUCAAAAAGUGGCAACAGGUUAUAAAUAUAUUCAAAGUUGCGUGCAAUGGAAGUCUCAAAACGUUUGUUAACAAAUAUACAAAUCGGGAUGGGAAGUUAAUGAGCGUUUCAGAAAUACUAGCCUCCAACCAGGAAGAGACGAUGAUAAAUAAUAUUGGCGUUCCAGCCAAUCACCUUUCAGAUGGAAGCUCUAUAAGCUCAAGCAGUCUUAACGAUUUGAAGAUGGGAGCUGCCCACGAAGCAGCAGCCAGUGUCCCAGCUAUACCAAGCCAACUUGAACAGAAACCAAUGCCUGUUUACAUUUUACCGCGAAAGAUCAACGGUCAAAAGGUUUCAGCCAAAGAUGUGAUUCGUAUCUGGGAAGAGGGAUUUGGGAACAUACCGCCUGUCAAAAUAUGGACUCCAAAUCAGAAACUGAAGCAGCAAAGCAAGAUAUCUCGCUGGAAGAAAAUUGUUGAUAUUUUCAAAACCGAAUGUAAUUCCAACAUGGCUUUGUUUCAAAAACGAUAUACAAAUGACUGCGGCGUGCUAAUGCCAAUCGCUACCAUUAUCAGCAAGUAUGAACAGUUGCAGUCAAGUAACGAUCCCAUGAAGCAGUCCAUCAUCGCCAAUGUGACAGCACCAGUCAUUAACAUCAAAUCAGAUGCUACAGGUGCUAUCAAGACACAGGUGACCGACACUUUGGCAAGAAACGGUACAACAUCAGCAUACGAUUACUGGCGGUCCUAUAAACGACUUGAUGAGCUUGGGAGAGAGUGGGACUUUAAAGAGGCCCAAAGCUGCAACGAGAGGAGAGCCUUCACUAUCAGACAGGUCGAAGACUGGCAGCGUAAUAACAUACAGUCGACUGAAGAUGAAAGCAGGUCUGAACGCAUACAGAGUCGAUUCCUCUCCGUACCACGUUGCUUUACUGAUCAAAGAAAAAGCACCAUCGCUAGAGCAGUACCACCAAGGCAUGUCACAAGCAUAUCCAAUUUGAAUCAGAUAGGGUUUCAAACUGUUGUUGUCAACAGCAUCGGAAAGAUGGAGCCUCAGGUAUUGAUCGAUGAAAAAAAUGUUCCACCUAUCAACCCAAUGCAAAAAUUUAAGCCUGUUGAAAAUGGAAGCGUUGUUGAAGCAAGCAGUGGCUCAUCACCUCCCUGCCUUACCCCAGUAAACCAGGCUGUCGAGAAAGGGAGAGAUCCAUCUCCAUCUUCAAGUGAGAGUGGAGAAAACAGCGACACAUACAGUGGUAAAGACAUUGAUGUAACAGGAAGCGAAACAUCUGAAACCUCAGCUCGAUCGAAAAGCUACAGUCCAGUUCAAACCAAAUCUUCCAAAUUCGUAGAGUCAAAAGAACAUGUCUACACAACAGCGUCGAAUUCGCUACAACAAAACACACUAACAAAUGUAUCCACCUCAAUGACGAAAUUUGAUGAGCAGACCCCUGCAACAGGAAACAGACAGCCGGAUGAAAAGUACACAGUCUUGCCGGACUCGGAUGAUCCAUUUGAAGUUUUGAACUUAUGGGAGCAUGGUACCGAAAAAUGCCCGCCAAUCAGGUUUCUAACAAUGAAUGAUGACGUAAUCAUGCACCCUCGCUUAGUAGCCUGGAGAAAGUUUAUUGAUAUUUUCCGAUUCCACUGCAAUUCAGAUAAACAAGUGUUGAUCGAGAAGUAUUCUGAUGACAAGAGAAGGCUGUUGAAAGUAUCUGAGAUUCUGCAAAGGUUUGAGUCCACUUUCACACAUCGUCCGUACGAAACAACCACAUGCACAAUGAAAAGCCCUGGACCGCCAGCUUCAACACCCGUAUCUACAGUAUACCAAAACAACCAUUUCCCAACACAGCUGGAUGUGAAAAAGCCUUUUGUGUCCCAUUCAGACUUGUAUAUUCUGCCACGGAAGGUCAAUGGUCACAAAGUCUCUGCCCGCGAUGUCAUCCACAUAUGGCACCAUGGUUUCAAAAAUGUUCCACCAGUUGGGUCCUGGUUGCCACACCAAAAGGUUCGUCAACAGAGCAAAAUAUCUCGCUGGAAGAAAAUUGUGGAAAUUUUUGAAGUCGAUUGCAAUGGCAACAUGCAAUUGUUUGAGAGAAAAUACUCGAACAAGACUGGAGAUCUUUUGCCGAUUGCGGCUAUUAUUUCAAAGUUCGAGGCUGAAAAAAAUGCGCUCGAGGUAGACAGUGGUAUAAACAUUAAAAUCGAUCAAGUGACACAAUCUUAUUGAUUUAGCCAUUGUAUUUCAUCAUUUAAACAACCGUUCGUUUGUUUAAAAAGUUUCGUAAGGCCAUCGUAUACGAGCAGUUUUGAUCAAAGGCUUUUCCAGUAGAAUCUUAUUUAGCGCUUUUCAUUGUACCUUUGAUCAUCAACUGAUAUUAGAUGUAUUGACUGUGCGAGGUACGACGCUUGAAAAAUUAUUUGACUUCUUUUGGUCAACUCUUUUGUAAAAUGAUUCAUAGUUUAGGGACCCAGUGGGGAGUCUUUUUCUAAACUCUAAGCACAACUGUUCCAGACUCCACUUUAUAUGCUUAUGUUGGUUUAUUGUGGUUUAAGGUGGGGUACUUCUUUUAACAAAUUGUAAAUCGUAGUUAAGAGUUAUUUGAUGUACUCUAGUUCCUUGACCUUCUAUUUAACAAUCCCGUUGUGAAUGGCUUUGGUGGCGAAGUUGCAUCUAUUUUCAAAGUGUUCGCAGAAGUGGUUGAAAGUCCACUGAUUUGGAAGCAGUUGUAAUUGAGGGAGACACUGGCAGGUUUUUCGAAAAUUUUGAGACAACUCCUGCAUUUUUUCCACAGACAGGGAGGAAUCCCUAAUUUUCCAAUGCCCCUCGGAUGUUAACAAUAUCAGAAACUCUCUCUCGUCUCUCUUUCGUUUUCAAAUUUAUGGUAUAUGAUCUGAAUAUAGUUUUGGAUUUGUUUCUGCGCCACUCCUAAGCACAUUCACAAUCACUUAUGUUUUUAUGGGCUGGGCGUUUUUCUCCAAAAUAAUUUCAUGCAUUGUUAUGUAAACAUGACAUGUUCAUAAGAUUGAAUAACUGCAGCUGUAUAUUGUAUAUAAGUGUUAAGCCUUGUCCAAAUGCUUACAACAAUUCGCUCAAUAUUUUCCGUCCUAAAAACUCCUUCUGGAUAGAAUAAGAGGGUUCUUAAAGGAGUAUCUUGGAAAUAACAGCUAGAAACUGGACAACAACUAGAAAUGCUUUGGCAUCUUGUGCAUUCUGAACAGAUUGUAAUUUCUCGACAAUUCUGGACAGUGAUGAAAGGCGAUUCACGGUGCUAUAACGACAAGCACUACAAGACUGGGAAAUGGCUGUCGCUCUUGCCAUCCCCUGCAGAUGAACAACCUCGAAUGGAGAAUCAUAAGUAGCUAAUUGCAAUUUACACCCUUUUAGUAGCUAAUGCUGAUUGUUGUUGCGAGCAUUUGAUCAAGGCUUUUUAUCUGACUCUCCAACUGGUGUAUAGGUCUUGUAAUUAAUUUGCAUGGUAUCUAAAAAUAGUGCGAAUGAUUACACGACAUAGUAAUGCUUUUGUAUAUUAUUGUAAAUGUAGAUGAGGUGCAAGUAACGCUGUUGGAGUACUUCAAGACAUAAUCGAUGCUUUUUGCUUGUUUCAAGCUGGCUGGGUAUCUUCAGUUUUGGUGUAACUACAUAAGCAAUGUCACAUGUUGUACUUAUGUGAUAUACUGAACAAUUAAACGUGACGGAUAUUGUACCUUAUCUUGUUUGAUCAUGUAAAUACGAAUGAUAA